AUGGCUACCGACGAGGUAACAAAGAGGCACCGGAAGCACAAAACGGAGGAUGUAGUCGAUUUAAAAGAGAAAAAGGCAAAGAAGGAGAAAAAAGAGAAGGAUCGCAAGAGAGAAGAGAAAAAGAAAGAUGAGAAGGAUGAGAAGAGGAGAAAGAAGGAACGAAAAGAAAAAAAAGAAAAGGAGACAAAACAGGAAAUGCCUGAUGAAAAACAUACCGUUGAGGAGCCUGAGGCAGUUCCUUCCUCAGGGAAUAGUGGCGUGUCUGCGAGUGAGGCUAGGGCCUUCAUGGAAGAAAACAACAUCACAAUUGAGAUGGCUGAAGAGUCAAAUGACAAGCCACCUAGGCCUAUGCUGUCGUUUGAUGAACUGAAUGGUAAAAUUAAUCCCAAGCUCAAAGAACGACUUGAUAUGGAAGGAUUCUCCAAGCCGACUCUGAUUCAAUCUUGCUGCUGGCCAGUGCUUCUCCAGGGACGCGACAUGGUCGGUGUGGCCGAAACAGGCUCUGGAAAAACAUUGGCAUUCGGCAUUCCAGCUUUGCAAUAUGUGAUGGAGCAGUGGCCUCCGUCGUCAACAUCUUCGAUCAAGAAGAGCAAGAGUAAUAACAAGAACAAGAUUCAUGUGCUUGUCAUUGCACCAACGCGUGAGCUAGCAAUCCAGACGCGAGAUAACCUGGCACGCGUCGCCGAGCCUCUUGGAUAUGGCGUGUUCUGCUUAUAUGGUGGUGUAUCGAAAGGUGAACAGAUCCGUGAGCUAGCUUCUUAUGCCCUACCUGUGCAUAUUAUCGUGGGCACGCCUGGACGCGUGUUGGAUCUGGCUCGUGAAGAGUCCCUUGACUUGGGUCACGUUAGCUACCUGACUCUAGACGAAGCAGAUCGCAUGCUUGACAAGGGCUUUGAGCCUGAUAUCCGAGCAAUUAUCGGUAUGACCAAAACAAACGAAGAUGGGCGUCGCACCAAUAUGUUUAGUGCAACAUGGCCGCCGGCAGUGCGAGGACUGGCCGACACAUUUAUGCGCGUGCCCGUGCGUGUCACAGUCGGUAGCGAUGUGCUAAGUGCGAAUCGGCGCGUUUCGCAAACGGUACAAGUCUUAGACGAUGGACGUGCUAAGGAGCGGGCGCUCAAUACGUUCUUGCGCACUAUUCAGGCACAGAAAACGAACGAAAAGAUUCUUAUCUUUGCUUUGUACAAGAAAGAAGCACAACGUGUUGAGAAUACCCUCCGUCGAUGGGGAUAUCGCGUGUCAGGUAUUCAUGGUGACUUGAGCCAACAUGAUCGUUUGGCGAGCUUGGAGGCGUUCAAGACUGCAGAGACGCCAUUGCUUGUCGCGACGGACGUAGCCGCUCGCGGUCUUGACAUUCCCAACGUGGAAUAUGUCAUCAACUACACAUUCCCAUUGACGAUUGAGGAUUACAUCCAUCGUAUUGGACGCACAGGCCGCGGUGGUAAGAGCGGCAAGGCUAUCACCUUCUUCACGGAUGAAGACAAAGCCCAUGCAGGCGAGUUGAUUCGCGUUUUGAAAGAUGCAAAUCAACCUGUGCCGAAAGAGAUGGACCGCUUCCCCACAACAAUCAAACGCAAGACACACUCGAGCUAUGGGGAUCAUUACAAAGAGCUGGUCCCUGGUAAAGCGAAAAAAAUCACGUUCGAUGACGAUGAUUAA